AUGGCGAGGAAAGGCAUAAUCUCCAAGGCGAAGCUAAUUUCCGAUCUCAACGCCGUCAUUAAGCGCGGCAAAAUCGCCGGGAGAGCCGCCGUCCACGGCCUCGCACUCCACCACCACGCCGCCGCCCGACCGGACGAAUACGAGUUCAGCUGCAGCAGCAGCCCGGCGUACUUCGGCCUCCCCUUCCACCUCGGCAAGCGCAGGCGUGCCCACGCGCCGUCGAUCGACGGCGAGCUUGAGACGGUCGAGAGCGCGGAGGCGUCGCCGGCCCUUCCGGGGUUCGGCCGGACGCCGGUGGUGAGGCAGCUGAGGAUAGCGGACUCGCCGUUUCCGGCGAGCUGGGAUGAAGGAAGUUAUCCGGUGGAUGAGGCUGCAGAGGAGUUUAUCAUGAGGUUCUACAGAGAUUUGAGGCGACAAAACGACGUCGCCCAGCUGGGAUGUGCUUGA